UGAGGGAGGGGCACUGCCAGCUCUUUCUCCAGUUCUUUCCUCAGGACUAGUUGGAGCGAGGACUGGCCUGUGGAACAAACUAGACGAGGUGUCACACGGCCGGAUGGCGGGCAGAGUCGAUGCUUAGCGUCCCCCGGGCCGACCGGACUCCCGCCUUGAGCCCGAUCCGUCCGAGGGCAGUCUGGCCUGUUGAGAAGCCCCUUCCUCGCCCCGCAUCGCCAGCCCUCGCCCCCCAGCCCCGGCGCCAUGGCCAGCAAGAGGAAGUCCACGACUCCAUGCAUGCUCCGGGCUGCGCCGCCAGGGGUGAAGCGGGAGGCCACAGACGUCCCAAUGGCCGAGCCCGGGGGAGUGGGAGGAGGAGGAGGAGGAGACACCCCCGAGGCCAAGUCGAGGAGCGAACCCCAGCCCAAGAAGCUCCAGGGGGGCUAUGAGUGUAAAUACUGCCCCUACUCCACGCAGAACCUGAACGAGUUCACAGAGCACGUGGACCUGCACCACCCCAACGUGAUCCUGAACCCCCUGUAUGUGUGUGCCGAAUGCGACUUCACCACCAAGAAGUACGACUCCCUGUCAGACCACAACGCCCGCCACCACCCGGGGGAGACCAACUUCAAGCUCAAGCUGCUCAAGCGCAACAACCAGACGGUGCUGGAGCAGUCCAUCGAGGCCCCCGCCGGCCGCCCCGACCCCGAGACCCCCGGACUGGGGAAGACCAGAGGGGCCCGGAGGGCGGAGGAGGAACCGGCAGGGGGUGCCCCUUGCCUCAAUGGGGCGGAGCCGCCGCGGGUCCCCGCGGGCCACGUAACACCUUCGGUCCAGCCGCCCCCGAACGUCCACCUGGUCCCUAAGGUGCCCGUCCCCCUGAACAGCGCCAAGUAUGACUCGGCCCUGGACACCAACGCCACCAUGAUCGGCUCCUUCAACCGGUUCCCCUACCCGACCCAGGCAGAACUGUCGUGGCUGACGGCCGCCUCCCGGCACCCCGAGGAGCACAUCCGGGUCUGGUUCGCCACCCAGCGGCUAAAGCACGGCAUCAGCUGGUCCCCGGAGGAGGUGGAGGAGGCCCGCAAGAAGAUGUUCAACGGCACCAUCCCCCCGGCCCCGCCCACGCUCGCCGUCCUGCCCACCCAGAUGCCACGGCCCGGCCCGCGGACUGCCGUGCCCUGCCAGAUCCUCGGCCCCGCGGGCCUGGUCCUGGCCCAGGUGGCCGACGCCCCGGCCGUCCCCUGCUCCCCUGUAGCACUGGCGGUGGCUGGGGGGCUGGCCCCCGGCCAGAAGCGCCCGCCCCUGGACCUCCGGCCCACCCUGGAGAGCAAGCGGGUCCAGGCGGCGGCCCCAACGCCCCCAGCCCCGCCCGGCGACCGGAAGAAGACGAAGGAGCAGAUCGCCGCCCUCAAGGCCAGCUUCCUGGCCAGCCAGUUCCCCGCCGAGGCCGAGGUCUACCGGCUCAUCGGGGCCACUGGCCUCUCGCGCAGCGAGAUCAAAAAGUGGUUCAGCGAUCACCGCUACCGCAGCCAGAGGGGCAUCGUCCACAUCACCAGCGAGUCCCUGGCCAAGGACCGUCUGGCCAUCGCGGCCACCCGCCCCCCCCGCGGCCGCCGGCCCGGCCCAGAUGCCGUUCUCCGGUGCUUCGGGGAGAAAACCCCUGUCAGGGGGGAGCCAGGGAGGCUCGGGGCGGAGGCCGACCCAUGGUUCUCGGACCGGAGGCAGCUGGGGGAGGGCAGGGAGCGUGUCUUGGCGGAAUCCGGGGUCCCGAACGGCGCCCCGCAGCCCGGCUCCACGGUCCCGUGCCCGGCCCCGUACGAGAGUCGGGAGCAGGUCCGCCUCCUACAGGCCACCUUUUCCCGAACCCAGUGGCCCACCCCUCAGGAAUACGAUCGGCUGGCCGCCCAGACAGGCCUUGUCCGGACUGAGAUCGUGCGCUGGUUCAAGGAGAACCGGGGCCUGCUCAGGACCGGGACGCUCAAGUGGGUCGUCCAGCCCCGGGAUGGGGCCGAGGACCGCGGCCAUGAGCCCUUCCCGCACUGGAGGGGGUUCGGGCCCCCAGCCGACAGCCCGCGGAAUGGGAGAAGGGAGGUCCGGCCACGGCCCCGGGGGGACGUGGAGGAGGAGGAGGACCGGCCGACGGUGGUUGGGGCCAAAGCCGGGGGCGGGGGCCGGGACGGCCACUGCAGCGAUGGGCACCAGGAGGCUGGCGGCGUGGACUGGGUGGAGGUGACCGUCGGGGAGGGCGAUGCUGUCUCGGAUGGCCCGGGCGGGCUCGCCCACACAGAUCCGGAAAUCCUGCCCGGGGAGGCCUGUCGGGCUUAGACGAAGGAAACCAGUCUACCCUGCUGUCCUGACCAUUGAGGGGGGAACCUGUCUUCGAAGAUAGGAUGGAAUCGACAUUUCCCUUCUUUGGGACAAGAUCACCAGUGGUGGGUCGAACAACAAACGCAGAAGCUCUGUGAAAGCAAUCAAUCAGUCGGCUCUCAUGGAGCUUCUGAUGAGUCGUUCGUAGUGCCAAAGUCCAACUACUGCAUAGUCUGAAAGGGUCUUGUAAAUAAAGAGGUCUCGCCCUCUCCCCGCCCCAAUCCCUGCCCUACCAGAGCCGAUUUAUACAAAGUGGAAGAUCCAUUGCCUGUCACUUUUGCCGAUCGUAUGCCGGACCAAGGUAUCUGGAGAUUUUGUUCUCUUUUCUUUCUCUUCCAUCCCUCCUCCCCACCUUUUUUUUGUGUUUGGUAGCAUUAGUCACCACACUAUAUCAACUCUUGCUUUCAACAACAGCUAGUUUGGGGUUUUGUUUUUGGUGGGGGGAUUUCCCCAACUUGGUGCACCGAGACAUAACCCCAGGUUUUGUCCGAGAGAUUGUUUACAAACAGCAGCUCUCAGAGCAACCCAGCUGCACAUGGUGUAAUGCAAAUUCUAUGCCGCAGGAGGCGGAUUCUCACUUCCGCCCUUUCUAGAUCUCACUGUCGGUCAGUCAGUCGGUCGGUCAUAUUUUUCGAGGGCUUAACUGUGUGCAGAGCACUGCACUAAGCAGUUGGGA